AUGACCUGCAGCUUUUCUUAUAGUGCGAUAGGGCAGACGGCCUGUCCCUCUUUGACCUCACUUCUGGUGCCUCUCCUGCCCCCGCUGCUAAUGCUGAUGCCACUGUUCGCUCACAUUGCACGCUACUCCUCCCCUGCCACUGCCGCACUGAGCCGCCUCAUGCUACCGUACCUCUUCCCUGACCUUGCUGCCUUUCCCAUAGUCACUGACCUCAUUUUCCACCUCCGCACUAGUGACACUCGCUACCGCGUUGCGCUUCCUACUGAGUUCUGCGCUAAGAACCCCCCCCCCAUGUACAUCACCCUCUACUACAUAGUCAUCCGUCUCCCUGACUCCCUCCACGUAGUCAGGGACCACUUUCUCUCUGUUUGCCCCACCACUCUCACCGUUGACCUCCUCGAGAAGGCCAUCUUAGCAGCAGAGAAGAGCACAGUCGCUGUAGGAGCCUCUCGUGGUGACCCCCGCACCCCCGUCUUUGAGGGGUGCUCUCCCUCCCACCUCUUAACCUCUGUUGCUUCUGCUGUUGCGGCCGACCUCGUUGGUUUCGAGUCGGUCGGUGCGGCGUCUGCCCCCUCGGGGAAGUGCCGCACAGGCAAGGGCAAGGGGGGCAAGGGCGCUGGAGGAGCAGGCGGGGGCAGUGGAGGCGGCGGUGGAGGCGGCAGAGGGGUGGGGGUGGUAGUGGGAGUGGUGGCGGGGGUGGAGGUGCUGGUGGCAGCAGUGGAGGCGGAGGAGGCGGCGGUGGUGGCGGAGGGAGCGGAGGCGGCGGUGGUGGCAGAGGCGGCGGAGGUGGAGGAGGCGGCAGAGCGCACUCCACCCAGUGCUGCUUUGGUCGCCUGA